AGCAACGAGGCAGCGUCACCCAGGCAGAAAGAGUCGGCGCCAAACAAGUCGAUUUUGCCAACGGAGGGGAGAGGCAAUCAUAAGCACAAGCAGAGACGCCGCAGUAGUUGCGGGCAGCAAUUCGAUCCACGUUCUACGCGCCGAUGCUGGAUCAGCAGGGCCCACCUCGACACGGAGGCACAAAUUAGCGACGUCCUUCUCUACCACGGAGGGGACCCAAAUGGAGGAGAAGCACAACUGGGACAGAGAAAAAGACCCGCCUUAAACGAAAAUGUUAAGUGUAAAAAAAGAGUUGGAUCUUCCAGGAAGGCACUCCUAAAAAACAUGUGUGCAAUAAUAAAUGAGCAGAGUGAAGAACGAAUGAAGCAUUUGGAUGAGCUAAACAUAGGCAUGAACGACAGUAGCAACUGCAGCAACCUGUUGGAGGUUGUCCGAAAUGGGGGUAACCCUUUGGCGAACAGCUCAGCAGCGAAGGAACUUUCCUUGAAUGGUGAAGUGAUCCAAAUUGUGGAAGCCUACUGGCUGUGCACGUUGAAAAAUAGACAUUUGUAUUCAUUUUUAAAAAAAAAAAAAAAAUUAAUUUUCAGCGUCAGUGCGGGAGUGGAUUCCCUCUCCCUCUUGUACUCCUUCCUUUUUGUUCUGUACAAAAUUUUAGUGACCCUACGGUACAAAUAUUCUGAAAGUUACGAAUCGUUGUUGCAGAUAUUAAAUGGCGUAUACUCCUAUUCGCAUGAUGAUAUAGAAAGGAUUGUCCGUUGCAGUGAGGGAAAUAGUGGCGUCCAGUUCUUUGCCUCCGUUUUGAGCAACGUAACCGUCGUGUACUGUAACCACGCGACGAGGGAGGAGUGCGUCAAGGAGAAAAACUUUGUGAAGUAUAUUUGCAGGAGACACAAGCUGAGGUUCCGCACCAAGGUGCUCAGGAAGAACGAAGGGGCGGCCCAAAAAAAUCAACCGGGCCGCAAACAGGGGAACAACUUUCUACUCCUGGCCAGGGAAUGGAGGAGAGACGUGUACGUGCAGCUGACCAGGCAGCUGGAGGGGGAAGCCAUGAGGGGAAGACACAUGCGAACAGCGCAGGGGGGCAAUCACAACUUCAUAUACGCAGAUGGUGGGAGCACGCUGAAGUACACCUACCGGGAUUACCUGACCGACGUAGACCACUACAUAAGAUUGGCUAAUAAGAAGCCCAUUUCGGAGGUGCUACUCAGGGCUGAAGCGCCAACCAGCACGUCGUCGAGCAUGUUGGUAACCGUUCCGAUGGCCACCACGCGCCCCUGCAAGUUCGUGAAGUCGCUGGUAUUUGUGGGGCACCACCGCAACGACAACAACGAGACGGUGCUGUUUCAGUUCCUCAGGGGGGCCUUCAUUAAAAACCUGAGGGGCAUAAAAUUCCUCACCGUUUUUAAGGACUGCCUAAUAUACAGGCCGUUUAUCAAGCUGAGCAAAAUUCACCUGUAUAUGUACAUGCAGAUUGUGAACAAGUCUUGGCGCUUCGACAAAUCCAACCGGAACUUGUCCUCCUCGAGAAACUUCAUCAGGCACGUUAUCAUUCCGAGCAUUUCCUCCUUGUUCGGGGGAGGGGUCCCCAAUGGAGGCAACAAGGGUACGGCAACAAACACGGACAUGACAGCCAACACGGACACGGACGCCAAAACUGCUAUCAAGCCCCCCCUGACCGAUGAACUGCAAAGCAGCCGUGUGUACGCCUACCCCGCGCUGGACCGCAAGCUCAGCAACAUCAUGGCCCAAACGAGCAACUUGGACAGCCAUCUCCAGUUCUACACAAACCUCUUCACCAUAUACAUGCACAACAAGUACUACAACUGCAACUACAACGAGGGAAGCACGCACACAGAACGAAGUACCAAUCCGUUCGUUAAAGAAUAUCAGACCAUGCAAAGCAAAUUGUACAACACUUUUUUUGGAACCAGGAACGAUCAAAUGGAUGCACUCAUAUCAAUUAACAAAACAUUAUAUGAACAUAAUUUUUUUUUUAAAAUUUUUAAUUUUUUGGAGUUUUUCAUUUUACCCUCCACAUUUGUCCGCAUACAAAUUUUGCAUGAAAUGGUGAGGAAGUACACGGGGGUCAGCCUGACCUAUGGCAAUGCAGACCGUGUGUACAGCUCGCUUUACCAGUUUGUUCGAUCUUACGUGUGCACCACUACAGGGGAAGGGUCAGCCAUGAAUGGACAGAUGGCCUUAUCUUCCCUCUGCGAUGGGAGGGGAGAAGCACAGGGUACAAAUGACGAUCAGCCGUGUAGCGUAUCCCCCCAGGGGGUAAUUCCUUCACUAAAUGAGAAAGUACGAAUUAUAGAUCUGGAUGGAAGAAACAAACUCCUCGUUAAUAGAAUCUUCUUUCGCAUAGUAACCAGUGGAGAGAAAAAACAAAAACACUCUGAGGAACCCCCUCCUCCUAAUCUACGAGAAAAAAACGCAAAUGUGUACAUCCUCGAUGAUAUAUCAGCACAGGUCUGCAGGAUCAAUCGCAGCAAUGUUAACAGGAUGAUCAACCAGAAGGGCACAUACCUGCUCAUUAAAAAGAGGAGGAAAAAAAAAAAGGAAAAGUUCCAAGUAUACAUUCGUUACUUAAAGAGGAAUGAUUUUUUACACAUUGGCAAAAGGCCCAUCAAGGCAACGAAGUUCCUUUCUAGGCGUGGCAUUCCCCCUGUGUACAUGUUUUCCCUCCCCGUUGUGCAUAUUUCAAAUUUUAAAAAAAACAACUUGGUUUUUUUGCACCUCUUUGGGGAGAUAAUACAGAAUGGAAACUUUUCCGUUCAGCAGUUUGUGCAGAUGAGCGACGUGCACAGUGCCUUCGUUUAUUCGAUUCGUUUUGGUAGGUAG